UUUUUUUUUUACUUCUUCGUGUGAUCGACACGAUGGCGACAAGUGAGCCAGCCAGCAGCUUGGCCGACCUGCCCAAUAGUGACCAGGGAUUCGACCGCGCGGUGCUAGUGAACGAGAGCAACGGUAAUAUCCUGCGCAUCCGGUGCUGCUUCUGCAACUCGCCCGUGUUCAGCAAGAGUGCCGCCACGGCGACACACACUCCAGUCCAGCUGCCGAAAAUGGUGCAGCGUGGCGCUGAAGGGGAGACCGUCACAGAUACGUGCGAGCACUGGUGGCAGGUCAAGGAUAUGUAUGACUUUGACAAUGUGGGCUUCAGCAAGACGGUUGAUGGUGUCAAGUAUUUAGCGUGUGCCGAUUGUGAGAUCGGUCCCAUCGGCUACCAUGACCCCAGUGCCGAGCCCAAGACGUUCAAUAUUGCUCACGCUCGCAUCCGUUAUACCGAGAGCUGAGCUACUUGACCCAUUUGGAAGCGGCAGAGUCUGAUUGAUACCGCCCAUCCAUGCCAGAUUAUGCGUGUGACUUUUUGUGAUGUCCUCGACCUUUGCUGUUGCCGUUCCUUCGUUGCUGCGAUUGGUGCAUGCGCUUUUGGCGCCGGGAUAACUUUUGCAGCGACCACGGCGCGCGACGUGCACUUUCUUUCCCUUUGAGUUG